UCCGUUCACUGAGGCGGCCCGAUGCUGCUACGCUCCCCGAAAAAUCCCAGAGACGAGCAACGCGUGCGGUCGGUUGUCUGUGUGUGUCAGUGGGUGAACAGUGCGUAUGAGCGAUUUUCGGUGGCACUAAAGGAGGCCCGAAACGAACCGGUGGACCUUAAAGUUGUUGGGUAAACAACGAAAAGUCGGUUACGCGUGGCGAGUAACGGGUUGCGGAUUGAAUAAACAAGGCCAAGAGCGAACAGAAAGUGCACAAACUGGAAGGAAAAAUCCUAAAAACUUCUUAAAUAUUAAACAAGAAAAACCAAGCCAAAAAUAAGCAUCAACAUCAACCGGAAAUCAACUAAAUUGUCGUCACUCCAAUCAAGUGGAAAUUUGAUUAAAAAAAGGAGAAAAGGCAGGCACCAGGAAAAGAAUUCAAGGGAGAAAAGAGGAAAAUUUGAUAAAUUCGAAAGAAGGCAAUAGACGAGUGCGGAAGGAAAAUAGAGUGCGGGUCUAUCAAAAGGUAGCAGCAAAGGAAAUCAACACGCACGCACAUGAACGAGUUUGUUGCACGGUUACGGCGAAACAUUAAAAAUCAGCGGAGCGUAAAACUUACACAAAGCUUGAAAAAAAGAAUCCAGAAUCCCACGUGAACAAAGAGGACGAAAAAAUACAUAGCUACACUAAAAAUAAAAACACAAAUACAACAGAGUAACGAAGUGAAAGAACAAUUUUUAGUGGAAAAAAUUAAAAGAUUUCGCUGGGGAAAAAAAACUAAACCAGAAAAAAGGAAAAGAGGCGAACAACAAGGUCGAACCAGCUGACGGCCAGGACAUAUAAACGUCUUUCUUCUGCUUUGGGCUAGAGCACGAAAUUAAGUGCAGAUUAUCAGAAGAUUAUAUUUUAAUAGCAUUUCAAGCUGUUUCCUUUCGGCCAACAAAGGCGAGACAGGACCUCCAAGGACUCCCUCAGAAGAAGCCUGACCCCACAGUUUGUGUGUGUGUGCGCUACAAGUGCGGCUUAUUGCAUGAUUACCGCCAAGGAUUUUUUUCGGGCCUCCGUCCCAGGAUUCUGUGCCCGGGAAUAGCUAAGCAAACAUAUAAGCGUGCCAGAAAUUGAAAUUAAAGAAGGAAUUAAGUGUCGCGAGUGUGUGUGUUCGGCUUAAUAAAUUGUAUGUGCUAGUGCCAGUGAGUGUGUGUACACUGAAAGCCAAAUAUCAACCAUACGCCGUGUGGCCAGCCUUGAGAAAGCUGCGAAAAAUAGCAACAGAAUUAACCCGACAGAGAAAGGAGAAAUUGAGAAGAGAACCGGAGAACUGGAGCGUGAGGCCAAACUAAACAGCAGAACAGAAAACUGAAAUCCCUUGAAGUCAAAUGCAACUAAUUAAGCAGUCACUUUAAGCCAAGACAAAGGAUAAAAACCGAUUUCGAGUUAUUAUAGACAAACAACCGGCGGCGACUAAGCCAAGUCUAUUAACAGGGCAAACAAAGCCGGGCCGCCAAAGGAAGCUGUAUCUCAAAAAAGAACCGGAGAAAGCACAAGAAUGUGAACAGUAUAAAAGAAAAAAAGAUAUUCCGGAAAGCUGGCAAUGAGAGGGCCAAGACGACAGGGGGCGCGGGCCAGAAUUGAAACAGUUAGCUGGCAAAUCGGAUUGCGAAUCAGCUGUAUUGACACAAGGAAAUCGUUAGCCGGCUUAGCCAGCAAGAGGCCAAAUUUAAAAUUAAAAGUAUAGCAAUAGCAAGCCAGUUCGAAAUCAAAGUGAUAUGCUAAUGCCCCAGUCGCGGCGGAGUGUGGCAUGAAUAUUUCAUGAGCAGGGCGAUGACAAUAAGCCGGCUCCGGGAAUAAAAGCAGAGCAGAGUGAAAUCAGGACGAUGACGGAGCUAAGACGAGCUAAUGGCCUGCACAAGCAGCACUCCCUGAGAGAUCGACAGGUGCAUCCCAUGCUGCACGCCCUGGCGGAUCACGGCUGCAACCUGAGCAGCGGUGGCAACAGUGCGGCCAGCACCACCAGCAGCAGCACGGCCACGGCAACCACGGCACUCGGUGGUGCUGCCGGCAGUGGAGGUGUCUUAAAUGGCGGUGCUGCCAUUACCACUCAGCGGAGCGUGGAGUUCGACGAGCACGACAUCUUCUACGUCUCGCCAUCCAAGCGAAAAGGAGCCACCACAGGUUCUGCCGGCAAUGUGGUGACCUUCUCGAAUUUUGUGAGUGAGCAGCGGCUCACGCCCUCCUCGUCGAACCGCGGAUCCCUGAAGCGGAGCAAGGGCCGCUCCAAUCAGUCCCUGUGCAGCUGCGAUGCCGGCGAUGAGGCCCAGCUGGAUUUGCAACCGAAUGCGGCCAGGCCGCUGUACGAGUACAGUCUGGAACGAAAGCGCAAGACGCACACCUACUCCUGCGAGCAGAACGCGCAGAUACUCAUGAGACUGGAGCGCGAGCGUAAUCGUAAAUUAUCGCUGACUGGGAUGGAAACGGGAUUGGGAAUCGGACUGGGAUUGCAAAUGGGAAUGGGAUCGAGCGGUGGAGCAGGUGGUGCGGCAGGAGCUGUCGGAGACCCCCAGAGCGACACGCCCAGCUUGUCGGAUGUGGAUGUCAUACCGCCCGUGCCGCCGCCGCCAUCGAUGAAGCGCAACGGCAGCAUGCGCAGCCUGCGAUUGUUGCAACAUCUGCAGCAGCAGCAGCAGCAGCACAAUGGCAACAACAACAACUUGUCGCAGCUGUGCAGCAGCGAUCUGCUGCAGGAUUGCACGAAGUCCGCACUGGAUGAGUGCACUGCCACAUUGCUCAAGUGCACCAUAACCAGCAAUCACAGCAGCAGCAACAACAGCAACAGCAAUUGCAACAACGCGAGCAACAUUAGUCACAAUAACAACAAUCAGGUGAAGCCAGACCUUUGCCAACCGCCUGGGCACGCCCACAAUCAUAGGCACAAGCUGCCAAACAAUGUCACGCCCACUGCUACCCACCCGCCCCCGCCCCCCUUUGCCGCCCACGAGGAGGACGAGAUAUUCUCGCCGCACUCGAAGAAAUCGGACCCCAGCCUGUGCUUCGUGCCAGGCGGCGGCGGCAAUGGUAAUGCAUCCUCGAAAUACAAUACCAUUGGGCCGAGCAGCGAUUAUGCAAGGCAUUUGGCCCACUACAGUCGAUACCUGCAGAAGCAGCACCACCAGCAACAAAUGGCGCACUUCCAGCAGCAGCGAUGUCGCUGCUUCUCGCAAUCACUGCUGAGCUUCCCCCAGCCGAAGCAGCAACAGCAGCAGCAACAUUCGAACCCACAGCAACACCACACCCCACAGCAACAUCAGAAGGCCCCCCAGCAACCGGCCAUCUUUCACACCAGCAGCAUGGACUGGACGCUGCCAAUUAAUAGUCGCAGCUUUGGCAAUUUGGUGAACAUGGAUGGGUCCGGUGGCGGUAACGGCGGUUGUGUGCCGUAUCAGAAAAUGCCGGGAAACGCAGUUUCAGGUGGUGGUGCAAUGGCAAACGGCGGCUUGGGCCUGGCCGCCUCGUCCACAUUCACGCUCACCUCCUUCGACAGCGAUAUCGGACAUGGCCUCAAAGAACGCGAGUCGCAGACAUCGCUCCACCAUCCGCACUCGCAUCCGCACUCCCAUCCGCAUACGCAUCCGCAUCAUUAUCACGCCCAUGUGGGCGGUGCAGCGAUGGGCGGAGCGGGGCCGGGUGGAUCGGGUUCGGUUACGCCACAGAAACACCACCAGCUCCACUCGAGCGUCACGAGCAUCAUGCCAUGGAAGCACCGCCAGUGUCCCAGCAGGGGAUCCUCCAGCUCCGGCACCAAUUCGUUCCGAUUCGAUGCAGCCAAGCACUGGCUGGCUGUGAGCUCCAUCCUCCUGAUAAUUGGCGCUGCCAGUGUGGCCGUGCCACUGGCGCUACGUGUGGCAGCAAGUGCGCCCUUCGAGGAACGCUUACGCGUUGCCGUUCAGCUUCUGGAUCAAGUGCCUUUAAUCGACGGGCAUAACGAUUUACCCUGGAAUAUUCGCAAGUUCCUGCACAACAAACUCAACGACUUCAAUUUUGAUGAGGAUUUGCGCAAUGUUAUGCCCUGGGGUCGCAGCCAUUGGAGUCACACGGAUCUCACGCGACUGAAGAAGGGACGCAUAUCAGCACAGUUCUGGGCCGCCUAUGUCCCCUGUGAGGCGCAGCAUCGCGAUGCAGUGCAGCUGACUCUGGAGCAAAUCGAUGUGAUUAAGCGGCUGACGGACCGCUAUUCCCCGCAGCUAACCACUUGCACCUCCGCACAGGACAUUAUAGAUGCCCACAAAAAUCAGCAAUUGUGCUCCCUGACCGGAGUGGAGGGCGGUCACUCCCUGGGCGGAUCCUUGGCGGUGCUGCGCACCCUGUAUGCCAUUGGGGUGCGGUAUAUGACGCUGACCUCCACCUGCCACACCCCAUGGGCGGACUCGAGUUAUGCGGACGCGCCGACCUUCAACAUGAAGCAUGGCGGCCUAACCAUAUUCGGCAAGACAAUCAUCCGCGAAAUGAAUCGACUGGGGAUGAUGGUCGACCUGUCGCACGUCUCCAAGGGAACGAUGAGGGACGCCCUGGAGGUGAGCGAGGCACCUGUGAUAUUCUCACACUCCUCGGCCUACGAGCUCUGCAACACGAGCCGGAACGUCCAGGACGACAUCCUGCAGGCUCUGGCCAAGAACGGCGGCCUGGUCAUGGUCAACUUCUACUCGAAGUUCCUCUCCUGCAGCGACAACUCAACCGUGCACGAUGCAGUCGCGCAUAUUAAUCACAUUAAGCGAGUCGCUGGCAUCGAUCACGUUGGACUGGGCGCCGGCUACGACGGCAUUAAUUAUACCCCCAAAGGACUGGAGGAUGUAUCUUCAUAUCCGACUCUAUUUGCUGAACUUCUGGGAGGCGGUUGGACAAUUGAUGAGCUGACGAAACUGGCUGGUGGAAAUUUUCUGAGAGUUAUGCAGCAGGUGGAGAAACUGAGGGACGACAAAAAGGCUGCGGGCGUCAAACCCUUCGAGGAUCAUCCGAAUUUCCGCACCGACGACCCCUACAAUUGUACAUCCAGCUAAUUGAGCACUGGACCCAAACACACAGAGGUUGUACCAGAGAUGCCGGGGAUGUCCCCAAAAUCAUACGCGAAAUCGAUUGAACUCCUGCUUCAUAUGUAUAGUGAAUAAUGUAGCAAAUUUAUAAAUAUAAAUUGGCUAAAUUACAGCAUAGAUAUGUACGAUUUGUAUAAGCUUUAUAUAUGUAACUUUAAGAUGUAUGGAUAGUUUCCACUUUUCCCGCGGUAAUCGAAUCGAAUUACUUUUCAUUUUGGUGACAAUCUACAGACUGCCAAACAAGAAUAAACCUAAUUAUAAAUUGCACAGGAAACCCACACAAAUUAACUGUAAAGGCUUUUAGUUUUCUAUCUCGAAUCAAUAUACAAACCAGACUUAGUUAUCUCAUCUCCAACUGGACCAACAAACACUUCAUUUCUUUCCCCUGGGAAACCUUAAUUAUUCUAAUGAUUUACACGAAAACCACAUAUCAAGUAUGUAAUAAACUAAGAUAUUGAAUUUAUAUGGUAAUUAUUUAAUUUACUGCAUUCAAAGUCAAUGCAAAUACUUGUGAGUGGGAAAGCAUACACUUAAAAAUAAAUAAGAAAAAUAUUUAAAUUAAUAACUAUUAGGAGAAAAUAAGAGAAAAAUUAAACAACUUAGUUUCACUUAAAUAAAAUGUUUAGUUAAAUUUUUAAGCAGUUUAAGGGCGUGAAAACUUAAAGAAUGAAUAGCGUAAUAAAUACUAAAUUAGUUCGUAAGCAAUGUGUGGCCGUGGCUCUGCCUGCUACACAAUAAAUUGUACAUAGAUUCCGAAUGGAAUAUGUAUAGGAAUACUUUAUAACAUAUAGUUGUCACGAUUUUUCCAAAAUACAUAUUCCCCCCUACACACACAAAUAGAUCUUGUCGCUCUGUCAGUCAGUCUCUCUGUACCUUCUAAACAAAAAGAAAACCCAAGAAGAAAAUCUAGUAAAAUGCGCCUAGUCUAAGUAAACAAAUUAUACAUACUAAACCAAUUAUUGCAAACCGAAAACCAAAAUCCCAAUACAAAAUCAAUAAUUGUACAUUUUUGUAAGCCGAAACCGAAUAAUAAAUAACAAAUCUCUUUACUAAUAAAUUAUACAUAAAUAUAUAAAAGUAAAUCUAUUGUUACGUUUUGUACGGUUUUGUAUGUGUAUAUAGCAUUUUUACCUAUGCUCUGAUUUUUAUUGUCAUUAUAUAGUUUUCUAGCAAUCAAUUCAA